GCUCAGCCGGUAGGGAUCGCUGAGUCCUAGGUGAGCUGUGAACGCGAUGGCCGCGUGGGCCGAGCGGCUGGCCGGCGUGCGCGGGGUGCUGCUCGACAUCUCGGGCGUGCUGUACGACAGCGGCGCGGAUGGCGGCACGCCGAUCGCUGGCUCGGUGGAGGCGGUGGCGAGACUGAAGCAGUCCGGGCUGAAGGUGAGAUUCUGUACCAACGAGUCGCAGAAGUCGCGGGCGGAGCUGGUGGCAGUGCUUCGGCGGCUGGGAUUUGACAUCUCUGAGGGGGAGGUGACCGCCCCGGCACCGGCCACCUGCCAGAUCCUGAAGGAGCGAGGCCUUCGGCCGCACCUGCUCAUCCACGACGGAGUCCGCUCAGAAUUUGAUCAUAUCGACACAUCCAACCCUAACUGUGUUGUGAUUGCGGAUGCUGGCGAAGGCUUUUCUUAUCAGAACAUGAAUAAGGCCUUCCAAGUGCUCAUGGAGCUGGAAACUCCCGUGCUCAUAUCCCUAGGAAAAGGGCGCUACUACAAGGAGACCUCUGGCCUGAUGCUGGACGUCGGAGCCUACAUGAAGGCGCUCGAGUAUGCCUGUGGUGUGGAGGCCGAGGUGGUAGGGAAGCCGUCCCCUGAGUUCUUCAACUCCGCCCUGCAGGCAAUGGGCGUGGAAGCCCACCAGGCCAUCAUGAUCGGGGACGAUAUUGUGGGCGACGUCGGCGGUGCGCAGCGGUGUGGGAUGAGAGCUCUGCAGGUGCGGACGGGGAAAUUCAGGUGGCCUUGGAGCUGUGGACAGAGAAAUGCAGAUGAGAGAAAUGCAUACCGUGGUUUGAUAGCCCAGGCCCAGCGAUGAGCACCAUGCAGAAGUGAAGGCGGAUGGGUACGUGGACAACCUGGCCCAGGCUGUGGAGCUGCUGCUGCAGCACGCCGACAAGUGACAGCCUCGGGGCCCGCCUUCCCCUGCCCGCCGCCGCCAGCACGGGCCGGUGACCGUGGCUCUGGGCUGCCCCGGGCCAGAGUCUGAUCCUUCCUUAGCCUCCCUCUGUGGAACCUCUUCCUCAGCCUCCUCUGUGGAACCCCCCUCCCAGCCUCCCAGGUGGAAGUUCAUCCCUGUCUCCAGAGAAUGAAAACCCUCUGGACCUACGCUGAAACUGCCUCUGGGGAUGUCCCCCCUGAACUCCUAAAUUCACUCACUAACCAUUUGCACACGCACGUGUAAGGGCAGUAAGGCCCGGCAUAUGAGCCCAUGGCCUCUUUCUCAACUCUGCAUCCAGCGGAAAAGCCAGGGUCCUGCUGAGCGCGCCUCACUAGGACUGUCUGUCCCCUCCGCCAUGCCCAGCGGCAGAGUAGCUGAUUCUCACUUGCCCCUUCCCCCCGCCCUGAAACCAUGCCACCCCCCCUUUCCUGUCCCAUACGUCACACUGCAGACACAGGCCAGGCAGGCACCCCGAACAAGAGUGUGCCCCUGCAGCCAAGGCUGCAGGCACACGAGGCACUCUGGAGCCAGAAGAGAACAGAUUCGAAUGUACCGUGCGCUGUGUGCUGGAGAAACGAAUGACCGAAUAAACUCAAUCUUGAGUGGCA